AUGAGGAGACAUGAGGAGCUCGACCCACGGCGUACGCCGGGAGUCGAGAUGAGGAGACAUGAGGAGCUCGACCCACGGCGUACGCCGGGAGUCGAGAUGAGGAGACAUGAAAUGUUGCUGGACUAG